GGCCUGUCAAAACAUUUUUGACAAUAUGGACAAUAAUGCAUCGUUUUAUUUUUUUUCCAAUUUGAAUGGUUAUCGAUAUCAGAUAAAUUGAAUAUCCAAGAAAUUCAAUAUAAUUGUAUAUUUGCUGAUACAUCAUCAAUGUCGACCUUUAAUAACCUUUGAUAACGGUUAUUCAACACAAAGACAGGAUGGAUAUAAUUUAAAUUGAUGAGACCAUCACAGUACCGGCCGGACGUGCUUACAGAUUUUAUUUCAAGAGAACUUCGAUGCGUGAAACCACACUGGUUCAAAUGCGAAAGCGGAGAAUGCAUAUCGUACACAUUCGAAUGUGACGGUGCAUACGAUUGCAGUGAUCAAUCGGACGAGAAAAAUUGUAAAAAUUUCCAAUUUAAACCAGUGCCGGUAAAUUGUACCGAGAACGAGUACACCUGUAAAGACAACACCUGCAUAUCAAUCGAAAAAUUUUGCGACUUGUGGCCUGAUUGCGACGACAAAAGCGACGAGUACUUCGGAUGUUACAAAGAAAAACAAUGUAAGAAUUUUCUAUGCAACAACGGCUAUUGUGUAAGAAAAGAAUGGGUUUGCGACGGGAUGAAAGAUUGUCCAGACAAUAGCGAUGAGAUUAAUUGCGGCGAUGGUACUAUACAACCGGAAAAUUGCAACAACGAGAUAGAUCAUUUUCUUUGUAAAAAUCAACGAUGCAUAUCAUUGACUCUAACGUGCAAUCAAAAAGAUGAUUGCGGUGAUAAUUCAGAUGAAGACAAUGAUUCGUGCGAUAUAUAUAAAGAGUUUUGUUCGAAAACUCAUGAAUGUGAACACAAUUGUAGAGCAACGCCACAUGGUCCUUUUUGUUCUUGUUGGACAGGUUACAAGUUAGUAAAUGAUACUAUCUGCGAAGAUAUAAACGAAUGUGAAUUAUUUGGAAGUUGUUCUCAACAUUGUAUGAAUAAUGCCGGAUCUUACACUUGUUCUUGCGAUCUGGGCUACGAAUUACAGGAAGAUAAAAGAAGUUGCAAAGCCAAAGAUUUCGAAGCACUAAUGGUCUUGGCCUCAAAGACAGAGAUUCGUGGAUAUAAUUUAGAGUCAAAAUUCUAUUAUAUGAUACAUAAAAAUUUGAAACAAGCUGUCGGAGUUGCUAUUGAUUCUGAGUAUAUUUAUUGGACCGAUAUUUAUCAUGGUGAAUCAGCUAUAUUUAGAAGCGAUCAGCUUGGAUAUAAUAAAACGGUAAUCGUUACCGCAGGAGUGGGUGUACCAGAAGAUGUAGCAGCCGAUUGGAUAACUGGAAAUAUAUAUUUCACUGACAGUUCAUAUCAACACAUCGCUGUAUGCAAUAAAGAUGGAGCAUAUUGUACAGCAUUAAUACACAAAAAUAUUGAUAAACCAAGAUCCAUAGUUCUUUCACCUAAAUUAGGUCUUAUGUAUUGGUCCAAUUAUGAUUUCAAUCCGCAUAUAGCAAUGGCAUCAAUGGAUGGACAAAAUCAUGUUAAAUUUGUCAAAGAUAAUAUUGAAUGGCCAGGUGGUUUGGCAAUCGAUGAUCCAAAUGGUAGAUUAUAUUGGAUUGAUUCAAAACUGCAUAAAAUUGAAUCGAUACGUUUGGAUGGUAGAGAUAGGAGAACAAUAUUGGUUGAUAUGAUCGAAAAUCCAUUUUCUGUAGCAAUAUAUGAAAACAUGUUAUAUUGGAGUGACAGGAAUUCAAAGAGCGUAAUGGCUUGUAAUAAAUUCACUGGAAAAAAUCAGGAAACUUUAAUUCGUUCUGAUAGUAUAACUUAUGGGAUUCAUAUUUAUCAUUCCGUUCUCAAACCAAAAAUUUUAAAUCCGUGUAAAGAUAAUCCUUGCUCGCAAAUUUGUUUAUUAAAUUCAAACAAUAAUUAUACUUGUGCUUGUUCAUUGGAUUCACGUCUUGCUGCUGAUAAUCAUUCUUGUAGAGUCAUUAAAAAGAAAGAACAUCUCGUCUUAGCAAGUGAAAAUAUUUUUAUAGAUUAUUAUCAUGAAUUACUGGGUAAACCAAAAAUGAGCAUGACUAAAACAGUAAACUAUGUAACCGUUAUGGCAUAUGAUCAUAUAAAAGGUGAUAUUCUUAUCUAUGAUCAAUUAACGCAAACCGUUUAUCGUUACAACAUGAAUAAGAAUCUAUUUGAAAAAAUAAUGUCUGUAAAAAACGAAAUAUUUGGUGGCAUGGAUUUUGACUAUGUUGGUAAUAAUUUAUAUUGGUCUGAUAUGGAACAAAAAACUAUCGAAGUUCAUAGUUUUGGAACAAAAGAAAAAACUGUCUUUUACUAUCAAAAUGAACCACAAGAUAUUUCUUUAGAUUCUGAUGAAGGAACGAUGUAUGUAGUGUUUCAUUUUAACAACACAUACCGUAUACUUCAAUUACAAAUGAAUGGAUUGGGUGCACACGUAACAUUAGUGGAUGAAGGAUUAGCUGGUAAAAAAAUUUCUUUGUGUUAUGAUAAUACAACGAAUAAAUUGUUUUGGGCUGAUCAAGGUUAUGGUAAAAUUGAGAGUAUUUCUAAAGGAGGAAAACAUAGAAGUAUUCACAGAUCUGGUUUAUCGGAACCAAUGAGUCUUGCGAUACUUGGAAAGAAUAUUUUUUGGACCGAACGAUUAUCUAAUCAUUUAUUUUGGAGUCACAAAACGAAAGGUUUACAAUUUUUGAAAAAAAUACCUUUGGAAUUAUCGACGAGACAUCAUACGAUACAUAUAGUAGCUACUCAUACAGUUUAUUAUAACAAUAACAAACAAAGUUGUCAUAACGAAAAUGGUGGUUGUUCUCACGUUUGUCUACCAAUAAAUUCUAAUUCUUUCAUGUGCGCGUGUCCGCCAGGAAUGGCAUUGGAUAUUAAUGAAAAAACAUGUCACGACAUUGUCAAUUCAUCUUGCGCAUUUGAUGAAAUUAAAUGUUCGGAACACAACAUCUGCAUAAAAACAACGCAAAUAUGCGACGGAAAAGUUGAUUGUCCUACUGGCGAAGAUGAACCGGACAAUUGUUAUUCUAUCAACUUAUGUAAUAAAAAUCAAUUUGUUUGUAGAAAUGGUGAAUGUGUAAAUCUUACAAGCCGUUGUAAUUCGCGUUACGAUUGCAAGGAUCGUUCGGAUGAGGAAAAUUGUACUACAAUUAUUUGUGGACCAGAUUUGUUUCAAUGUCACGAAGGUUCCUGCAUAUCAAAAAAUCUAGUUUGCAAUGGAGUUUACGAAUGUUCCGAUUAUUCCGAUGAAUUAAAUUGCGCUUCUCAUACUUGUUCCAGCACAGAAUUUAGAUGUACAAGGGGUACAUGUAUUCCUUUCGGUUGGGUUUGCGAUGGUGAAUUCGAUUGCAAUGAUGGGUCAGACGAAGAAAAUUGUUUAAAUAAUUGCAAGGAUAAUUUAUUUAAAUGUUUAAAUGGAAAUUGCAUAGACCGAUCAUUAGUUUGCAACGAAAUCAAUGAUUGCGGUGAUUUCUCUGACGAGACUGAUCAAUGUUUAUAUGACUUCGAAGAUCCUACGUUUAGAAGUGGAAAUAGACAUGAUUAUGAUUACAAAGAUAUUGAUGUAUAUGGAAGUUAUCGACAACAUCAGAAACCAAAAAUCUGUACUAAAACUGAAUUCAAAUGUCGGAAAACUGGAAUAUGUAUUCCAAAAAGUAAAAUAUGCGACGGUCAACGUGAUUGUUUAUACAACGAUGAUGAAAAUAAUUGUCCAAAUUGUCGAGCCAAUGAAUACGCUUGUGAAAAUAAAAUUUGUAUAACGCAAGAGUGGGUAUGCGAUCAAGUCAAUGAUUGUGGUGAUAAUUCGGAUGAAAAGUAUUGCGAUGAAAAAAGUUUAACAAAAUUUAUCAAAGAUUCGGAAAAGGAUUGUAAAGAGUAUCGUUGCAACGAUGGCAAAUGUAUUCCCUUUUACAAGGUCUGCGAUAACAAUAAUGAUUGUUCGGAUGGCAGUGAUGAAUUAAAACAAUGCAUGCGAGCAUGUACGUUGAAUAAUCCCUGUCAACAGAAGUGUAAUAAAACACCGUUAGGUCCAGUUUGUACUUGCAAUCCUGGAUAUAAAUUAGCUUCUGAUCAAGUAAAUUGCGAAGAUAUAAAUGAAUGCGAGUUAAAUGUAUGUUCUCAAAUUUGUCAUAAUAUUCGAGGUGGAUACAAAUGUUCUUGCAAAAGUGGAUAUAUCUUACAGACCGACCAAGUUUCUUGCAAAGCUUAUUCUGACACACAAAUGCAAAUAAUAGUAGUUACUGGAUACGAUGUUAGCAAAACUACGUUUAAUUUCAACGAUCACGAGGUACUCCAUCAUGAUCCACAUUUUGAAAUUUAUGGUCUCGAUUUUAAUGCAAGAGAACAUACUGUUUAUUUGAGCAAUGUUAUACUUGGAAUUAUAACAAAAAUCAAUAUGAAGACGAAAAAAAAAAUAAUAAUCGAUAAUAUUGGAAAACCCAGUGUAAUAGCAACCGAUUGGAUAACAAAUAAUAUUUAUUUUUUCAAUGACUUAUAUCCAUACAAUAUCAAGGCUUGCAAUUUGGAAGAGGAAAAAUGUACAAUUGUUUUAAAGAUCAAUGGAAAUAGUACAAUAGAAUCGAUCAAAGUUGAUCCAACCAAUGGAUUGUUAUUCUGGAGUCAAACCGAUUGGCAGUUUCAAACUCAAUCAACAAGUAAAAUAUACAGAUCAAGUAUGAAUGGUACUAACGUUGAACCAAUUGUUACUGAAAAUCUUGGUACUGUACAAAAAUUAACAAUAGAUUAUAAAAGAUCGAGAUUGUAUUGGUGCGAUACGCAAUUAAAUAUCAUCGAAUCGGUCAAAUUUGAUGGUACCGAUCGAAAAUUAUUUUUAGAAACAGAGGUAGAACCUUUGGAUGUUCACGUUCACGAUGAUUAUAUUUAUUGGUUACAUUCCAAUACGGGUUAUAUUAACAAAUGUAAAUUAACAAAGAAUACCAUUUGUACGACCAUUCUUGUUUCACGAUUAGUUACCAAACAUUUUAUUAUUUUUCACGAGAAUAGUCAACCAUUAGUACCAAAUAGAUGUCAAAACCAUAAAUGCGCUUACAUGUGUCUUUUGGAUGAACAAGAUUCCACUUGUUUUUGUCAAUACGGACAAACAAUGAACAAUGAUUUUUCGUGUAAGAAAAAUUCCAAAUUAUAUGGUUUAUCGAAAGCUUUGAAUAAACAUAAUAUACAUACUCAAAAUAAAGGAAUGAUAGUUGGCAUAACUAUUUCUUUAGUCACAACUGCUGCCAUUUUAUCUAUUUAUUAUUAUUAUCAACAUACAAGAAUAAAUCGUGGGAGUAAAAAUGAAAUGAGCAUUCAUUUUCUAAAUCCUAGUUACAAUGAGAAACAUGAAAUUCAAAAUUCAUUUAAUUAUAUGGAAACUUUACCACCUGGUGAACACGAAUAUAUGAAUCCAAUAAUUAAUAUAUCAAAUAAGUUGGAUACUAAAGUAAUGAAUACAAAUAACGUAAUUGAAAUUGAAGACAAUUCGGAAAGUGAAACGGAAAAUAUGAAAUACUCGCAAGAAACAAAACUAAUAAAGUAAGAAUAUAAAUAACGAAUAGAGGAGUAUUGAUUAAUAAAGUGAUUUAGAUUAAUUAUUGUUAUUAUAUAAAACAUAGUCACAUACACAUACAAACAGUGGUUGACUUAUGUAACAUUACAAUGUUAAUAUAUUUAUUUGUUGAUGUA